ACGCUGCCUCGGAAGUAAUUUCACUGGAACGGCUGGUUCACGUUUUUGAAGGUGAGGUGAAUAACGCAUGAGAAGAUCACUAUGGCCUUCUCAUCAAUGGCACUUCCAAAGAUGAUAUCAACAAUACACUACAGGUCUUUCAGUGUUUCAACAGUUGUGGCAGCUAUUCAGAAGAUGACAAGAGUACGGGUGGUCGACAACAGCAGUCUUGGAAACACCCCCUAUCACCGUUCUCCUAGAGUCAUUCAUGUAUACACCAAGAAUGGCGUGGGCAAAGUGGGUGACACUGUCCUAUUGGCCAUUAAAGGACAGAAAAAGAAAGCACUGAUUGUGGGUCACAAGAUGCCUGGACCAAAAAUGUCACCUAGAUUUGAUUCAAACAAUGUUGUUUUGAUCGAAGAAAAUGGGAACCCAACAGGAACAAGGAUUAAAGCUCCCAUACCUACACAUUUACGCAAACUGGAAGGUGAUUACUCCAAAUUAUUAGCAAUUGCACAACGCUUUGUGUAGGUAGUGUUACUGAGAUGUAAUUUACCAUUCGGCUGAGAGGACUUGUGCUAUUAUUGCUGAUUGCUAUAUUGCUGAUUGCUAUUGCUAUAUUGCUAAAUAAACAAAAGAAAGAAAAAUAUAUUAAUAGUUCCAAAAAUUAUUGAAGUGCAUACUUUUUGUUUUAUACAUUCUCUUUGACACCGGAAUCCAUGGUGUCCUAUAUAAUUUUUUACAUUUUGAAUGCAAGCCGCUCUGAUCUGAAUUUUUCCAAUUUCAUUUGAAUGUGAUUUUAACUUUUCUCCCAAUUUUUUUGAUCAUUUGAUGAUUCAAUUUAUGUAAUUUCAAUUAUAUGCUAGAGGUAGAGCGAAAUCAUGUGUGUUUUUUUUUCAACUUUAUGAAAGAUUCUUGAUUACGAUUUUACUUUUUUGUUCUUAAAUAAUGCAAUUAUAAAUAAAUUGCAAAAAUUUUCAAAGUUUUUUAUUUAUUAGAAUGGACUUGUAGAUGUGCAUAAAUAGUAACAGAACCAUCUAAAGCAAAUGGUGCAAACAAUAGAUCUUUUAAAUAAAGAAUAUGAAAAAAAAUUGUUUGCACUAUGUGCUAUAGGUGACGUUGUUGCUAUUGUUGCACAAUUUAGUGAUCCCUUCUUUCCCGACAGAGUAAAUGGGGACCAUGUAUUUCGUGACAUGAAAUGCCACUGCAACUGAGAACUCAACUUUGGGUAUUCUCAAAUCUGAGUUCCUUCCCUUUUAUGGAGUAACAACAAAUUAGCAUGGUUGUGCACAGCAUCAGAAAUAAACAAAGUACAACUUCUUAUCUUUAGUAUUAGCUUUAGAUUCAACCAACAUAGAUAACUAACUAAGAUAUAACAUAAAUGAUAAGUGAGAUAUAUCACUUUUACUGCAACAUUCAGAGGAAGUUGAGGAUGUUACAUGAUAACAAAGGAAGAGCAUUUGAAAAUUGUUUUGAGGAUGUUAUUGAGGCUGAGAUGACAGAACUUUUUUUAUUUUUUUUUUAUAAAACAUUCCUGUAAUAUGAGGUGUUAACAAAGGUAGAACAUAUUGCCUGCUACAUUCUGAGGAUGUUUUGGGGAUGUUGUUUAGGCAAUAGAUUAUACAAUGUUCUUUUAUAAAACAUUUGUACAAUGUUCCAUAAUAACAAAGGAAGAACAUUAACAAAGCGACAUUCAUAAAAUAUUUAGAGGAUAUUAUUGAGGCCUGAGAUGACAAUGUUGUUGUUGUUGUUUUUAAAUAAAACAUUGUUGUAAUGUGAUGCGUUAACAAAUCUAGAACAUUUUGCCUGCAACAUUUUGAUGUUUUGAGGAUGCUGUUUAGGUAACAGAUUAUACAAUGCUAUUUUUUAAGACAUUGGCACAAUGUUUCAAAAUAACCAAGGAAAAGCAUUCUCACAGCAACAUUGUGAAAAUGUUUUGAGAAUAUUAUUGAUGCCUGAGAUGACAAUGUUUUUUAUAUAUAUAUUUUUUUAUGAAACGUUCCUGUAAUGUGAUGUUUUAACAAAGGUAGAACAUUUUUCCUACUACAUUCUGAGGAUGUUUUGGGGGUAUUUUUUAGGUAACACAUUGCAACAUAUCUGUUGCAAAUUAGCUGUUCCACGAGACAGUUUACAAAAUAAACUAUUGGCCCAUAAACUUGCAAUGUGAGAGAAUAGUUGUCCAAUUUUCAUGCUUGGUUGCACUAGGGAAUAAGGAAUAGUUCACUCUGUCACGAGUUCCCCUUUAAGCAGCGCGCUGUGGAGCAUGUGAGCGCGCGUGCACGAGCACCUGCUUUUCCCUUGUGGACAAUCGUGACAUUUCGACACGUGCAUUUGUUUAUGUUUCUGUUAUGUCUCCUCCCCGUUCUGUCAUUGGCUAUUGUUUCACGUGUGUCUGAAUUGCCCUCAGCCGUCAGCUAUUACGACGCUGAGUAUGUUUGUACAAAUACCGCGCGCCUCACAAUAGCGCCUCACACAGCGCGGAAUAUUGAAUGAGUUAUAGUCACUUAGUUUAGAGUCCUUACUAUAGAUAACCAUAGUCAUAGUUCAUGUCAUGUUUCAUGGUUCAUGUUUAGGUUCAUGUUUAGGUUCGUUAGUUUUGUUCACGCUGGUUUCUCCGCUACCAGUCCCGCGCUAUUGUUCAUGUUUCUUGUUUUGUUUCUCGACCCUGUACUUCCGUGACCGCGACCUUGAUUCCUGCCUCGCCCCUUUAUGCCUGUUUGCCGAUCGCCUGAACUUUGCAUGUUACUGGAUUACGUUUGUGGAUCACGUUUUGGAUUUGUCUGCCUGUCUCUCUCUUAAAUAAAACUGUUCAUACUGCGA